AUGCCCAACCAUCCCACACCAGUGCAAAACGGCGAUCUCGCAGUGAAAACGAAACCAGACGUUGACGCCCAAGCGCUAGCGCAGCGGCUUGGGCUCACCUACAUCGGUCCGAUAGGUGAACUCGAGAACCAGUUCAUAUUCCGGCCAAACGACACAAACGCCGCAUCUGAGGUGCAGGAGCAACUGCAAGCGCAGCCUGAGGUGGAGAAUGUGUCUAUACAGGAAGCUAAGCGGAGGCUGUUCAAACGGAGUUGA